CUCGCGGAAGCUGCGAAAUUGGGGAGAGUUGCGCGCGCUUGCUUUGUUGGGCGAAGAAGGUGAACUUCAGGGCUUUCGACCGCUUUUUACGAGCGGGGAUUCCCGGUGACGCCUGGUAGGGGGUGGAGAGUUUAACCUACCCCGUCACAAGACACACACACACACGCACAACAACACCUUCCGCGUGAAAAGAAAGAGCUGGGCUGGUAGACAGCCGCGACCAUUGAAAUGGCGGAGGCGAUGGGGAUGAUGGCGUGGUUGGCCGCCUUGAUUUUGCUGCGGAAGGUUGAAUCUCCACCACUGUGGGCCCACUGCGAGCCUGGAGAAUUCCCAUAUUCUGGGAUUUGUUGCAAACUCUGUCCUGCAGGUACCCACGUUGAAGAAUUCUGUACUAUCCCACAUACACUGGGAACGUGUGAAGCCUGUAUAGAUGGAGAAAAUUAUACUGCAUAUGACAAUCGUUUAGAGCACUGCUUACCAUGUAUUGAGUGCAAAUCUGGUUUCAAAAUGAUAGCACCUUGCACCAGCAAGAAGAAGAUUGAAUGUCAGUGCAAUGAUGGCUAUUUCUGCCCUCCAGGCUGUGAGGAGUGUGUGAAAUGCAAGAGGUGUCCUAAAGGACAGGGGAUUAUUGAAAGCUGCAAUGCCACAACGGAUACAAAAUGUGGACCACCAUAUCCAGACGCUUCAGCUUCCUCAUUUACAAGUGGGAUCGGGAUUGGUGUUCCACUGGUUAUCUUGGUGGUGGUUUUGAUAUGUUGCAUCAUAUAUAAAUGGAGAAAAUCCAAUUCUGUAAUGAAGAAAGGGAAAGAAGAAUCCACAGACCAUUUGAUACCUGAUAACAACGAGAAUGUUAAUUCUACAACUGAAGCCACUGUUGCUUCUCAGGACAGACUGCCUGAAACUGCGGAGAGAGAGAAUUUGGAGAUGGGCAAUAGGGAACAAGAAGAUUAUGUCCUUCCAAAUAGGCCAUCUGUGCCAUCAUCACUUGAGGUUGUUUGCUCAAAUGGGCAGUCCAGUGAAAGGAAUGAUGUACAGAGCUCUAACAAACCUGCAGUAAGGUUUAAAGCUUCUUCUAUGGAAACAUUGGAUGAGGCUUAUUUUCAAACAAAGGACAUAGUGGGACCAGAUUACUGGAAUACACUUAUGAGGAAAUGUGGCUUAUCACACAAUGACAUGCAGAGCAUAGAACAUGAUUAUGCUCAACAUUCUGAUGAACAGCGUUAUCAGAUGUUAAGAACUUUGCGAGACAGGAAUGGAGUUGUUGAGGCUUUUGAUAAAAUAUUUGCCGCCUUGCAAAAAAUGAAGCUUAAUGGUAUUUAUGAAAAUCUAAUAAAUGAACUAAAAAGCAAAGGUUUAAUAAUAAAGGAGACUGAAGACUAAUUUAGCUUUUCUUUCUUUAUUUUUGACUAUGCAAAAACCAGACAGAGAGGAGUCUGUCUUUUUAUGCAUCAAUUUAUUUUAGUGCAUGUUCCCUUGGCUGAGGCUGUGUAAACUGACAACACAGUUGUUGAAAGAAAUAUGGAUCCCAUUUGGGAAAUGAAAUGCUGCAUAUCUGAGCGGGUAAAUUUUGUGCAACAUAUAAACUUUACAAUGGAUAAUGCAGGAACCAAUAAGAGCUUGGUCAGUGUUUGGAAAUUACAGGUUUCUGUGUGAUUCUGUACUGUCCUCUAUAAAAAUGCUAUUGUGACCAACAUUCAGUGUUCAAUAUUACGUGAACUGCUAACAUGCAGCAGGCUGAAGCUGGAUAUAAUAGUUUUCUACAGAAUCAAAAUUAUGUAACCUGUUGGGUAAGUGGAAUUUGAAUAUGUAAAACUUCUUGAAAUAUAAUCCACUGGAAUCGGGCUGGAACUGUGUUCGAAUUUGCUACUAUAGUAUGAAAUGACUGAUGGAUUGUAAUAUUUCAUUUGUGAUCUUAUAUACAAAGAGAUACCGAAUGUUUGCAAUGUCGUACUCUAUAACUAUUUGUACAUAUUUUCCAAUAAAAAAAUUAAUUCUGA